UGCUUAAUCCCAUCGGUCCAUCUCAUGCCCUUUCUACUCCUCUCUACGCAACUCUGAUUUCUCACAGGCCUAAACACAAACAACUUCUAACUCAAUCGCAACCAUGGCAAAAUUCGCAUUCACUACUGAAAAUAUUUGUUGUUUUCCUCGCCAUACCAACUCACUCUUCAACAAUACUUCCCUCAAACACCGUCAGCUUCUUAUAUUCUCAUCCAAACAGCGCUCUCAACUAAGAGUUUUCUCCGCGAUCAGAGGAAAAGAAAGCGUUACAGAAACCGAGAGUGUGAUUACGGGUCUUCGGGUGGAUGAAUUGGACAAUUCGGCUUCAGCGUCGGAUGCUGAGGGUCAAGAGGAGGGUGGGGAAGUGGGUUUUGAUUGGAAUUGGCCGCCCUGGAAAAAUCUUCCUCAAAGAUAUAAACUCAUUGGCACAACUUCCUUGGCUUUUGUUGUUUGUAAUAUGGAUAAGGUGAAUCUGAGUGUUGCUAUAAUUCCAAUGUCGCACCAAUUUGGGUGGAAUUCAUCCACUGCUGGAUUGGUCCAAUCAUCUUUCUUUUGGGGAUACGCAUUAAGUCAAUUGCCUGGGGGGUGGCUUGCAAAGAUUUUUGGUGGAAGAAAAGUUCUUGAGAUUGGAGUCUUGACUUGGUCAUUGGCUACGGCACUUGUUCCUGUACUUGCUGGAUUUAUGCCUGGACUUGUCUUGUCAAGGAUUUUGGUUGGUAUAGGAGAAGGUGUCUCCCCAUCAGCAGCAACUGACCUUAUCGCCAGGUCAAUACCAUUGGAAGAACGCUCAAGGGCUGUAGCAUUUGUUUUUGGUGGUUUAAGUGUAGGAAGUGUUACAGGGCUUCUUUUGGCUCCUCCACUUAUCCAAAACUUUGGUUGGGAAGCUGUCUUUUAUAUAUUUGGCAUUUUAGGGAUAGCCUGGUUCUUGGGAUUUCAAUUUGUCAAAGAAGAACAACCUUCAUUUGUAGCUGAUCUCAUUUCAUGGUCACGCACUAUCUCCAGUAAAAAGUCAUUGAAUACUUCUUUGAAAGAUUUGGAUGCCUCACUGAAGGAUGUACCAUGGAAGGCUUUUUUUCAAACUAGAGCUGUAUGGGCGAUGAUAUAUACUCAUUUUUGCGGAAGUUGGGGUCACUAUACUUGUCUAUCCUGGCUCCCUACUUAUUUUAGUGAGGAGCUGAAUCUGAAUUUGACUGAAGCUGCAUGGGUUUCUGUCCUUCCUCCAUUAGCUUCUAUAUUUGUGACAACCAUUGCAUCACAAUUAGCAGACAACUUGAUUGCAAAUGGAGUUGAAACCACCACGGUGCGAAAGAUUUGCCAAACAAUUGCAUUUUUGUCUCCCGCAGUCUGCAUGACUCUUUCCUCUUUGGAUCUGGGAAUUCCGCCUUGGGAAAUUGUUGGAAUACUCACUGGUGGCUUAGCACUCUCAAGCUUUGCCUUGUCAGGACUUUAUUGUACCCAUCAGGAUAUAUCACCUGAAUAUGCAAGUAUACUUUUGGGAAUUACCAACACUGUUGGGGCAGUACCUGGAAUAGUAGGUGUUGCUCUCACCGGUUCUCUUCUUGAUUCAACCCAUUCUUGGAGCUUGUCAUUAUUUGCACCAUCAAUUUUCUUCUACUUGACUGGUACCAUCGUAUGGUUGGCAUUUGCCAGCAGUAAACCUCAAUCCUUUUCCAAGAUAGACUGACCUUGUACCCCUGCUCCAGCUUGAGUAUCCUGAAUGAAGCAUCAAAUUGUAGGAGGCUGCAUUCUAUGUAUUACUAUUUAACCUUAUCUAGAGGCUGGGAGGACACUGAUCUCACCUCAGGGAUUUUUCUAUAAGUGCUCUGAUAAGAAAGAAAGUUCUAUUAGAAAAGAAGAGAAAAAGGAUGAAUAGAUGGAAUCUGUAUAUUCCCAAAUGUAACUUGCAAGAUAUUUUUUGUGUUGUAUAUUUCAAUCACCCAUUUUGGGUUGCCACCAACAUGAUGUACGGAACAUGUUUAAGAGCUCAUCCAGCACAGCAGUUAUAGACAUCUAUUUUGUACAAGUUAUUCAAAGAGGUGAAGAAUUUUUUGUACAGAUUUCUCACCAA